AUGGCCACAGCGGCCGGCAAGCCGCUGGUGUGCGUGACCGGAGCUGGAGGCUUCAUUGGGUCGUCGCUCGUCAAAGAGCUGCUCCAGCGUGGCUACCGCGUGAGGGGCACCGCAAGGAACCCAGACCGCAAGAAUGCCCAUCUGCAUGCACUGGACGGAGCCAAAGAACGCCUCUCUCUGUGCCGUGCUGAUGUGUUGGACUACAAGUCGCUCGUUGCGGCAUUUAGGCUUUGUGAGGGCGUCUUCCAUGUCGCUUGCCCGGUUUCAAACAAUGACCCUGAACUCAUGGCUGCUGCUAUUGAGGGAACGAAGAAUGCCAUCAACGCUGCUGCAGAUAUGGGAGUGCAACGCGUGGUGUACACUUCAUCCUAUGGUGCUGUCCAUAUGAACCCAAAAAGGAGUCCUGAUGAGGUUGUGGAUGAGAGUUGCUGGAGCGAUCUUGAAUUCUGCCUAAAGACAAAGAACUUUUACUGCUUCGCGAAGACGGUUGCUGAGAAAACAGCCAUGGAGGAGGCAUCCAAGAGAGGGAUACACCUGGUGGUGGUCGUGCCGGCGUUCACGCUAGGUGAAACGCUGCAGCCGGGGCUGCACCUGGCGAUGUACAUGCUCAUUGUCUCCUACGUGAAGGGCACCAGGAAGACGUACCCGAACGCUGUCUCCGGGUUUGUCGAUGUGCAGGAUGUUGCGCGUGCCCAUGUGUUGGUGUAUGAAACCCCUACUGCACAUGGACGCUACCUCUGCAUUGGCGAAGUGGUGCACCAGUCGGAGUUUAUUCAAAUGAUGAUAGAGCUCUUCCCACAGUAUCAGAUCACCGCUAAGUGUAAGGAUGAAAAUGCACCAAAGGUCAAACCGUACAAGUUCUCUACAAAAAGGCUACAGGAUCUGGGCAUGAAGUUCACUCCUCUAAAAAAAAGUUUACACAAGACAGUGAUAUGCCUACAAGAACAAGGUCAUAUCCCAAAGCUCCCCCACAAAUCGGCCUUGUGAUGAGGAUAUAUAUGUAUAUAUCAAGGGUCGAGGAAUCUAGGAUUGCACUACGGUGGAAUCAACAUCUUAAUAUGUGUUCUUAAAUGAACUUUCCUUGAGACUAUGCUAGAGCAAAUAACUUCUUAGGUUAUCAAAAUAAAAUGCUACAAAUUUGAAUUUCCCCAGCUAUUUCUAGUGACUCUACAGUACUUAUCCAUGGUCUCGAGAGAAAAACCUUCCACAAUACUUGUCCAUGAAAAUACCAAGGUUGUAAUUAUUGCAAUAUUUUCAAUCUAUAGCCUAAUUAAAUG